UUAUACGUCAAAUCGAACCACAUAUGUCAUUUCACUGUUCUUUAAUUUGUGAAUAAGUGAAUAAAAAAUAGUGUAAAAAUGCCGAAAAAGAAAACUGGACAAAGAAAAAAGGCGGAGAAGCAAAAGCUCCGUCAAAAAGAAAUUCGUAUGGCUAAAGAUAAUAUGGACUUAGCUAAAUUUCCAUGCAAUGCCCCCAUGGAAUGCGAGAAGUGCCAGAGAAAACAAAAAUCUAGAGCGUUUUGUUAUUUUUGCCAGAGCGUGCAACGUUUACCAAUUUGCGCUCAAUGUGGCAAAGUUAAAUGUAUGUUAAAAACUGGAGAUUGUGUUAUUCGCCAUGCUGGCGUUUUUACAACAGGUCUUGGUAUGGUUGGAGCUAUUUGCGACUUUUGUGAAGCUUGGGUUUGCCAUGGCCGAAAAUGUUUACAGACACAUGCUUGCUCUUGUCCAUUACAAGAUGCUGUUUGUAUUGAAUGUGAACGCAGUGUAUGGGAUCAUGGUGGACGAAUGUUUCGUUGCUCAUUUUGUUCCAACUUCUUAUGUGAGGAUGAUCAAUUUGAACACCAGGCCUCUUGUCAAGUAUUAGAAUCGGAGAACUUUAAAUGUCAAUCAUGCAAUCGUUUAGGUCAAUAUUCUUGUUUGCGUUGCAAAACGUGUUAUUGUGAUGAUCACGUGAAACGCAAAGGUUUCAAAUAUGAUAAAAAUAAACCAAUUCCAUGUCCUAAGUGCAAUUAUGAUACUUCACAGACUAAAGAUCUUAGCAUGUCGACUCGUAGUCAUAAAUUUGGUCGGCAAGGCCAAGCUGGACCUGAAGAUGAUGAGGAUUAUAGUUAUGGAUAUUAUAGUGGAACUACUAAUGAAAGUGGUUAUGCUCCAGUAGAGUGUUACGGAUAUUCUGGUUAUUCAGCUCAAGAUGAUGAAGAUGAAGAGGGAUCAGAUGAAGAUGAGGAUUAUGAAGAAACAGAAUCAGAAGAGGAAUCCUGUGAUGAAAAGACUGAAGAAGAAAAUAAAGAAGAUAGUACUUCUAAAUCAAAGUAGCUU